AUGCCCGCGCCCCUCCAGGUCAUCGAGGACGCUAGCGCUGAGGAGCCGGCAUCGCAACCGACUUCACCAUCAAGGAGUACACACGCAAGCAUCAACCAAUCUCCAACCCGGACGUUGGACGACGUUCGCUUACAGGUAGCAGAAAGCCUCGCCUUCCGCGCUUUUCGCAAGGCGGAGACUGUCGAUGGCACGAAAGUCGGCGUCGUCACAACCCUUUCCCACCACUCUGAUGAGCGCUUCCUCAAACUCGUCGCUUCUGCCGUGAAGCGAACUGUCCUCACGAGCAGCCACCUCUUUGCAGUCGCCGCACCGAGCACGGUGCCGGAGGAGGUCAGACCACUGCUAUUCUGCGGCUCCGACGACGUGGCUGUACAACGCGCAGGCUUACUCAUCGCCUCCAAGUUUCUUGGCCGAGUGACGACGACGCAUUCCGUUGAGAGCGGCAUAUGGAUUGGCACAGCGCGUGGCCUCGGCGUCACAUCGUUUGACGACGCCGCACUUUGGGACGUCGUCCGCAAAGCAUCGCGCGCUCUCAUGGAUCCUCUCACCCCUCCUCCGGGCUCCCGUAGCAUAUCCCAGCUGCUGUCUGAUGCUCGCGCGCGCCUUGAACGUAUCACCCCCCGGCAGGCAUACGAUGAAGCCCAUGAUAGCACAAACCCAUGGCCAGUGGUGCUCGUUGAUAUCCGCCCAGACGCCCAGCGCCGCGCUUCCGGCAGCAUCGCGGGCUCGCUCUUCAUCGAACGCAAUGUGCUCGAAUGGCGGUUCGACCCACGCUGUGCGCAUCGCUUGGCCGUCGCGAAUCGCUAUGACCUACGUAUCAUCGUGUUUUGCCAGGAAGGCUACACGUCUUCGCUUGCCGCAGCGUCCUUGCAUGAUCUAGGCAUGCUCAAUGCGACGGAUAUAAUUGGCGGGUUCAGCGCAUGGAAAGAAGCAGGUCUCCCCGCUGAUGUUGUGCCGGUGCCCCCUUCACGGUCGUCUGUCUCGCCGAGCGACGAGUAUUAG